UGACCGCGAGUGCUUCCUGUUUCUGUUGCGUUCCACACACUCCGGUCCGUUUUUGGCAAUUUCCGGGAGGCCGCUCGCCAAUUUAAACUAAAGAAACAACAGAAGAACUAAUAUUAACAGCUCCGUGUUUUAAUAUACUUGAUCAUCCGCCAUGUCGACGCAACCGGCUCACGGCGCGGCUUUCCAGAGUAAGUUAGCCUCCAUCAUGGAGACGCUCGCUCAAGCGGCCGUGUUGGAGAUCGCGCAGCUGUGGGAGGACGCCUUCACCCUGGUCCACGCCGAGCUCCGCCGUCGGGAGCGGGAGGUGGAAGCUCUGGAGAGGAAACUCCUGGAGAAGGAGCGGUGCAAUUGGACUGUGUCGCCCGCCGCAAUCCGCCCCUCCGGCGGGGAGCAGCAACAUGACCAGCCGCCGCCCACCACUGAUGGUUUAGCCACCGACAGUGUCCCAAAAUCUUCUGAACAGAGCGCCACAGAGAAGGCGGACUCCUCAGCCAAUCAGAGAGUGACGCCGGCCCUUCGGGAGAGCGCGAGCGAGCGGACGCCCGACGAUGACGGAGCCAACGGGGAUUUCCCAGUCAAGCAAGAGGACGACGAGAACGACGUCAUGAUUGUGGCGGAUGUGACGGACGCCGAGGGCAUCGCCCCCGCUGAGAGGCCGCCGGGCCGCGGCGCGGAAGAGGCCGCCGAGGACCAGGAAAGCCGCGUGUGGUCGUCCGUCUCCGUCGGCGACAGCGACACGGCGGAGGAGGCGGACUACUUCCUGACCGCCAAUUCCCAGAACGUGGACUCGGAGAUCCUGCUCAUUGAGAACGCUUUGGACAUCCUGGACACUUCCUCCGACAGGUUGCUCGCCAACGCCAGACACGCCGCGUCCAGCCACUCGAGGGUUCCCGUGACUUUUGGCCCGACCCACCGGGCCGGCCAUUCGGACGAGAGGCAGAACUCCUUCCUCUCGGGGAAGUUCAAUCUGGACAACGGCAUCUUCAUCUUCGACGACCAGAGGCUGGGCAAAAGCGCGGCGACGGCGCGGCGGGUCAAGGAGAAGUGGUUCAUCUGCCCGUACUGCGGCAAGAGCUUCGACCGCGUCAGCCACCUGGAGAUCCACCAGCGCAUCCACACAGGCGAGAAGCCGUACACGUGUGACCUGUGCGGCAAGUCCUUCUCCCAGAGGAGCAACCUGCGCACGCACCAGCGUACGCACAAGGACGCCUUAACGCCUCAGUGA